GCAGUGAGCGGAAGUUACGUCACCCUUCAGCUUCGCACCCGUUACCCAGCAACGGCGGCAUGGCGUCUCCCCGGGAGCAGGAGGCCUUCGAGUACCUGGCGGAGCACCAGAUCCUGCAGCUGAUCGACGGCCUGACCAGCAUGUUGCUGUACCGCCGGCCGGCUAAGCCUUUGGAGUUUUUAAUUGAACAACUGGAGCAAUUGAAGACUGCCAAAAAGACUCGAACAAAUUACCCUUGUUUGUUUGAUGAGUCAAAUUUGGAUGCUGUAUUUGGGAUUUUGGAUACUACAAAACAAGGAUAUAUAACUUUGAAGCAGUACACAGAAGCUUUGAAAACUCUCGGAGUAGAGGAUUUUGCAAAGAUGCCAGCAGGUGCCCAUGACAAUAAAAUCCACCUGGCAGUAUUCAAAUCAGAGGCGAAAGCUGGAUUAAUGAAGAUGUAUUCCCCAUACAAAUCUGGAUAAAGUUGUGCACUUCCUUUUGUCUGCAGUUAACUGUAACUGGGUAAUAGUAGCAUACAUUCAUCUCAACAUGUUUAGCAUAAAAUUGAGAGAACCAAUAACAUUUGCUACAUGUACUUGAAUAAAUAAUAUUAACCUUGA